AAGGCGACGUCUGCGAAGAUGGCUGCUGCGUCUUCGUCUGAUUCCGACUGCGGCCGAGCUGAGAGCGCCCAACUCUUUCCCUCCUCUCCCAGCAACGAGGCCAGUUCGAAAUGGCUGGACGCACACUACGACCCCGUGGCCAACAUCCACACCUUUUCCAGCUGCCUGGCGCUGGCAGAUUUGCAUGGGGAUGGGGAGUACAAGCUGGUGGUGGGGGAUCUUGGCCCAGGUGGGCAGCAUCCCCGCCUGAAGGUGCUCAAAGGACCCACAGUGCUGACUGAAAGCCCAUUACCUGCACUGCCAGCUGCGGCCGCCACCUUCCUUAUGGAGCAACAUGAACCCCGGACACCAGCUCUGGCACUCGCUUCAGGCCCUUGUGUGUAUGUGUAUAAGAAUCUUAGGCCCUACUUCAAGUUCAGCCUGCCCCAGUUGCCGCCAAACCCCCUGGAACAAGAUCUUUGGAACCAGGCCAAGGAGGACCGGAUUGACCCCUUGACGCUGAAGGAGAUGCUGGAAGGCAUCCGGGAGAAGGCAGAGGUGCCUUUGUCGGUACAGUCACUCAGGUUUCUACAGCUGGAGCUGAGUGAAAUGGAGGCAUUUGUGAGCCAGCACAAAUCCAAGUCCAUCAAGCGGCAGACAGUCAUCACCACCAUGACCACCUUGAAGAAGAACCUGGCUGACGAGGAUGCUGUUUCCUGCCUGGUGCUGGGCACUGAGAACAAGGAGCUCCUGGUGUUGGACCCGGAGGCCUUCAUCAUUUUGGCCAAGAUGAACCUACCCAGCGUCCCCGUCUUCCUGGAUGUUUCUGGCCAGUUUGAUGUGGAGUUCCGGCUUGCUGCUGCCUGCCGCAACGGGAACAUCUAUAUCCUGAGAAGAGACGCCAAGCGCCCCAAGUACUGCAUCGAGCUGAGCGCCCAGCCUGUGGGGCUCGUCCGGGUACACAAGGUCCUGGUGGUGGGCAGCACCCAAGACAGCCUGCAUGGCUUCACCCACAAGGGUAAAAAGCUGUGGACAGUGCAAAUGCCAGCAGCCAUCUUGACCAUGAAUCUCCUGGAGCAGCACUCCCGGGGCCUGCAGGCCGUCAUGGCUGGGCUGGCCAAUGGAGAAGUCCGCAUUUACCGUGAUAAGACCCUGCUCAAUGUCAUCCGCACCCCGGAUGCAGUGACCAGCCUUUGUUUUGGCCGGUAUGGGCGGGAAGAUAACACCCUCAUCAUGACCACACGAGGCGGUGGCCUGAUUAUCAAGAUCCUGAAGCGCACGGCAGUGUUUGUGGAAGGGGGAGGUGAGGCGGGCCCCCCACCAGCCCAGGCCUUGAAACUCAACGUGCCCCGAAAGACCCGGCUUUACGUGGAUCAGACGCUGCGAGAGCGGGAGGCUGGCACCGCCAUGCACCGGACCUUCCAGACCGACCUCUACCUGCUGCGCCUCCGGACUGCCCGCGCCUACGUGCAGGCCCUUGAGUCCAGCCUGAAUCCUGUGUCUGUGACAGCCCGGGAGCCCCUCAAGCUGCACGCUGUGGUUCAGGGCCUGGGUCCCACCUUUAAGCUCACACUUCACCUGCAGAACACCUCAGCAGCCCGACCCAUCCUGGGGCUGCUGGUCUGCUUCCUGUACAACGAGGUGCUCUACGCCCUGCCCCGGGCCUUCUUCAAGGUCCCCUUGCUGGUGCCAGGGCUCAGCUACCCACUAGAGACCUUUGUGGAGAGUCUCAGUGACAAGGGCAUCUCGGACAUUAUCAAGGUGCUGGUGCUUCGUGAAGGCCAGAGUGCACCCCUCCUGAGUGCCCACAUCAACAUGCCUGUGAGCGAGGGGCUGGCAGCCGCCUGACCCCUGGACUGGUGUUAAAGCCCCUGUAGAAUCGGGACCAGGAAGAUUCAGCCGCUUCCACUCAGCUGGGCAGAGUCAAUGGCCCAGUCCCCGAGCAGCAGUGUGUUGGGGCCACGGUUUCCUUCUCCUCUCCUAAGUGUCCCCGUUCUCACCACCCUGACUGCUGGGUGACCGAUAGCAGCAGGUCAGUGAGUACCCAGGAGGUUCAGCUCCUUCCCCCUCAGGAAAACCCAGCCAUUUGCCCACCGGACUACUGCUGUCCUUCAUCCUCCCCACUUUUGUCCAGAAAUCACCCCCAGGGCCGAAGGAAGAUCUCUGAAGUGGUCAAGGUGAGAUGAGGGGCUCGGGCCCAGCCUUCUCCUUUGCUGCUUUCUGUAGGCACAUUACUCCUGGGUUGCUGCAGGCCCGGGCCAGAAUUGGCCACGGCCUGGCCUGGGGUAAUCAGAGUCUUUUCUUGGGUGAGACCGAGCCCCCUGUUGCUCCCUGGGGUUCCAGAGGCUUGUCUGAUGCUGGUCAGAUUACAGGCAAAACACAUUCUCUGAUUUCUCCUUGUGAGCCAAACAAGGGAGCCUAGGGAGUAGUUGCCUCCCCACAGGGGCCUUUCCUGAAAUCUUGGCCUCAGCCAAAGUCUCAGGCCUGUGAUGCUCCAUGAAGAUCGCCAAGGGAGGAGGUGGUGCCAGGAAAGCAUAGGGCGCCCAUGCCAGGAGCUAGUGGCCCCAGCCCCCACCGGGCUUCUGAACACCACACAACUGCCGCUCCUGACUUGGUCGCUCGUGUCCAGAAAGAGCGUCCCAGGAGAGGAAGGCUCAGUUAGAGCACAAGUGGGGCUGGGGUGCGCAGGAGAGGCGUUUCCGGGCCCUGGGGAGGUGGCACAGGAGGCAGAAGCCCAGAACUGCUCUUCUGUGCCCUGGAGCCCAGAUCAGUCACGUAAGUGGAAAGUUUACUGGGCAGUGGCAUUAGCUGGAAAGGCAUGGACCAGAGGUGUUGAGUGAGGCUAAAGACUGAGGGAAAGCACAUGUUCAGACCACAAGGGCCCUAGACCCACAGUCCCGGACCUCAGUGCCUCCUGAGCCCUGGCCAGUGUUAGGCUGGUGCUACCAGGGCCACCUUGAACCACUUAGGAGCCAGGAACCCUGCUCCCUGAGCACCUGUCUUUUCCUCUGUAUGACCAGGUGCAGCCUAGCAUAUGGUACCUCAGCCUUGUGGGAAGUAACCAAAUCCUUCUAGGCUAUAGUUUCCCCACAUGUAAAAUGAGGCAGUUUGUGACCAAAUUGAGCUCUAGCAUCCUGUGAGCUUGGCAGCCGCUCUAGAGGAAAUGAGGACUCCACUCCAGAAAGGGGGGAUUUGACAGGAGUAACUGCAGGGCUUUUGCCCUUGAGACCAAGGGCCCCACACUAACUGCCAUGGCCGGGCAAUAACCUCUUGUCCAGGACCCCAGCAAGGGAUUGGGGUGACACAGCUCUCAGCUCACCCCAAACCCUCCCAAGGAAUGCAUUCUGGGGCCAGGUUAAGAAAGAAUGGGGUAUGGACCAAAGAGCCCAUCCCCCUCCUCUGUGCAGACCCUGGCUGCUUGUAGACAUAGAUUAAUUGGGUCAGGGUGGUGAAGGGUCUCUAGAUCAAGCCAAGUGGGUCACAGUUGGACGAAGCAGGAGGUUUAACCUGCAGAGCUUCCUAAGAGAGCUUGGCAGAGAUGGAAAGGCCUGCUCUAGAAGGUAGUAAGCCCCUUAUCGCUGGAGCUCUGUCACUGGGGCUGGGCUAGCUCUUCACUGGGCCGUAUGACCAUACAAUCUCUUCUUCCCCAAUCAUGUGAUGACUGUGUGAGCUCGGAACACCAAGUCUAGUUUGUAGCUAUUCAUGAUGAUGGAAGUGGAGAAGCUUCCUAUGCCCAGCACCUAAAGAGAGUUUGUGUGAUGUAAUACUAUGUAUCUAUUAUUAAAAAUACAUGAACUGCACUGAUGUGGACAAGUAUACAUAAAGCAAUAUGAAACCAGGAACAGUGCAUGGUACCCAGUGCACUCACUAGUUGGAGCUCCAGGAGAUUGUGUACAUUAGGGAUGAGGGAAGUUAUUAUCUUUUAAAAAAGUAUUUAUCUAAAACCACGUACCUACUUAGUACUAUGGAAUUAGUUUAUAACGAGAAAAUUCUCCCCAUUCCCCACUACUGCUCCCUUGCUACAAUCAUUUUCAGUUCUCUUAGCUAUUUUUUUAAGUAAUCUCUGCAUCCAGUGGUGGGGCUUGAACUCAACCCCAAGAUCACGAGUCGCAUACUCCACUGACUGAGCCAGCCAGGUAUCCAUUAGCUAUUUAUCUUAAAAAUAUGCUUAUACUACUCUUGCUUGAUUUAUCAUUCUAGACACUAUCUGUUGGGUCCCUAUUGUAAAAGGCGAGGCUUUAGCUCUCUUGUGGAGUACUUUGCGCCUUUUCUCCCCAGUUUUUAGGUAAAUCAAUACUUACUGUUUAGAUGGCUGUUUAUCUUACUAUAUGAAAGUUAUUCCCUGCAGAGCCAAAAUUGGGAUAUAAUUAAAUUACCUUUUAAUUUUUCAUGGAGUUAAUAGUUGCCUUUUUUUUUCCAUUUGGUUAGUUUUCUAUAUGUAGCAAUUGUUCAUUCUUCCCUCAUCCAUCCUGACAGUUACUUUGUUUUUCUGGAUACUUUCCAUCAUCCCCUGCCUCAGUGAGGACUGUUUGCUCUCUAGAACUACUGUAGACUAUUUCUCCUGACUAGAGCCUCUGACUCCUGGGCCCCUUCUCUUCAUCCUUACAGUUCUUUUACCCCUCAUUUGGUGGAGUGUAUCCACAGUACUGCCUUUAAAAAGUCACUAGAGUUAAAAAAUUUUAGUACACUGUCUAAAAAUUUCUUUAUCCCAUUCACAUACAUGUGUGAUAGCAGGUCAUAAAAUUUGAAGUUGAAAAUAGUUUUCAUGCAAGAAAAUCAUUUUUACGGCGGUAUUCCCUUGUGCUCUGAUUUUUGGUAAUGCUGUUGAGAAGUUGCAUGCCAUUUUUGCUCCUGGCCUUCUUGUUCUGAAAUGUCAGGACAUGACUUACAUGUGUGUCGUUAUUUGUUGUGCUGUGAGGUGGAAAUGUAUAUCCCUCACUUCUACAAAAUUUUGUUUCUUAAGCGAUUUCCUCCCAUUUUCUCUCUUUUCUCUGGAAUUCUCAUUAACCGAGCACCUGAUAAAUGGGAAUUCCAGAGAGAACAGGAUUGAUUGUCUGUUUUUCUUCUCUCUUCUCUCAUAUUGUCUUUGUGUUCUAUGUUCUGAGAAAUUUUUCUUUCAGCUCUUCUCUGGAACUGUUUUUUUAAAUUCCACUAUUUUAAUUCUCAGCUCUUUCUGUUCUGUGGUCAAUCUUUAACUAUAAUGUCUUUGAAAAGAUAUAGAGGUCACCAAACCAUCAGUCAACAAGUGACUUCUAUAGACUUAUUUCAACAUCAGCAGAAUACACAUUUUUCUCAAGCUCACGUGGAACAUUCACCAAGACAGACCACAUUCUGGUCCAUAACGUAGGCCUUCACAAAUUUAAAAGACUGGAAAUAAUACAGUGUCUGUUCUCAGGGCAAAAUGGAAUUAAACUAGAAAUCACUAACAGAAGGGUAACUGGAAAAUCCCCCAAAUUUUCAUCAUUUCCCCCAAAUACGUGGAGAUGAAACAACACCCUUCUAAAUAACAUGUGGGUCAAAAAGAAAUCUCAAGGGAAGUUUAAAAAUAUUUUAAACUAAAUGAAAAUGAAAACACACUUA